UGGAGCGGGUUCCACUUGUCACCUUUGUCUCCUCUUCAGAAGUUCGUGGCUGGCUUCGACUCCCGCAACGCGUAUUGGAUUGGUAUGCGGGAGGUACCACAGAACCUGAGCUGGGUCUGGGUGGACGGAACUCCCCUGCAAGACGACCUGACGUUCUGGGAGCGGGGCUACCCGACCGGUUACUUUGACUACCAGCUGGAGGUGUUUGGCCACUGCGGCAUGCUGCGCAGACGAGCCUGGGUCAACGCCGCCUGCGGCGCGCGCCAUCGCUGGAUCUGCAAGCGCACCUCCGAGAAGCUGCCCUUCAACCUGUGAGCGCCGGGGAGCCAGUCCACCCCCGUCCCAGAGGGCAGCGGGGGCCCAACACCGCACCCUCGGGUGUCCUUCCACCCUACUCCACCUCUCACUCCAACAACACCCCCCCCCUCGCUCUGAGCUACCCCCUCUGGGAGGAGAGACGCGGCAGAUGUGGGGCUGGCGGGUCCCCACUCUGGGAUAGAUGCUGGGCGUGGGGGCAGAGGGAGAUCCCCACUCAAGGAAGGGGCAGUGAAGGAGCUCCGUACUGUGGGAGGGAAGGGAAGGGCACUGGGCUUGGGGCAGUGAGGGAUCUCCCCAGUGUGAGGGGCUGCUGAGGGAGUUACCCUCUGUUGGAGAAGCAGUGAGGGAUCUCCACACAGUGGGAGCAGUGACUGCGGGACGGUGGGCGUGGGUGGGGCGGUGAGGAGGCUUCCAUCUGUUGGAAGAGGUGAGGGAUCUCACGGGGGGCACUGGGCUUGGGGCGGUGAGGGAUCUCCCCAUAGUGUGAGGGGCUGCUGAGGGAGUUACCCUCUGUUGGAGAAGCAGUGAGGGAUCUCCGCACAGUGGGAGGAGCAGUGACUGCGGGACGGUGGGCGUGGGUGGGGCGGUGAGGCUUCCAUCUGUUGGUAGUGAGGGAUCUCACGGGGGGGCACUGGGCUUGGGGCAGUGAGGGAUCUCCCCAGUGUGAGGGGCUGCUGAGGGAGUUACCCUCUGUUGGAGAAGCAGUGAGGGAUCUCCGCACAGUGGGAGGAGCAGUGACUGCGGGACGGUGGGCGUGGGUGGGGCGGUGAGGCUUCCAUCUGUUGGUAGUGAGGGAUCUCACGGGGGGGCACUGGGCUUGGGGCGGUGAGGGAUCUCCCCAUAGUGUGAGGGCGGGUGCACAGAGGAUGGUUUAGAGUAUCAUCGGAGCAUGGGGGGGGGGUGAGGGGAGAGAACACCUUGGCAGCAGCCCCACCAAAGCCCCUCUCAGGCAUGGAGGGGAUAGAGGGGGGUGGGGAAGAGUGGCUCCUGCCUUUGGCCCUUUACUGGUUGGGACGCUUGUAAGGGGUUCGGAGGACGGAGACUGGCGAUUGUAUCGAGCCGGAGGACUCUCUCAUGGCCGUCACUGACUCGAGAUUGCGUUGUACUGGAUGGUUGAUCUGUAAUCAUACUCCCAUCAAUAAAUCUGUGAAGUCUGGCCGGUGUCUGGGAGAGGAUGGUGCCGGGGUCUGUGGGCCAUCUCCCUUGUGUCCAACGGCUCUCCCAGAAGGGGACCGGGCUGAGCAAGCAACAGACUGGAAGGGGGAGGGUGACCACAGACUGGGGGAGUGGUAAAGCAGGGCUCCCUCCAGCGGCCCCUCGCGUUUUCUCGCUCUCAGCCACUGUCUUCAUUCCCGUCCAACUCACAUCCCCACACCCCCUCCUUACUUCCAUCACUCCUGUACGGAGAGAGGCACCCAACCUGCCAUGUGGUAGAGGCUGAAAUGUUAGCGGCUCUUGAAAGAUGUCUUGGUCGGCACGUGAUUGUGAAAAAAUUGAAAAAUAUGGCCUUCCGGGGUCAGACACAGAGUGAAUCUCCCUCCACACCGUCCCAUCACACACUCCUGGGGUCAGACACAGAGUGAA